AUGUCUUCUAUGCUGUCAAACACCUCUGUAAAUUCAUCCUUUGUCCGUCCAGUGACUUUCUUCAUCAAUGGCUUUUCUAAUAUUCCACAUGCAAAGUAUUACUAUGUGUUCUUGUCUUUGGUGUACGCUGUUACUGUUUUUGGGAAUUCUUUUAUCAUGUAUAUCAUCUACUUGGCCCGCAGACUUCACACGGCCAAAUACGUUGCUGUGUUUCACUUGGCUUUAUCUGAUCUGUGCGGAAGCUCGGCGUUAAUUCCAAGACUCAUCAAUAUGUUUUUGUUCAAUCAUCAGGAUGUUUUAUACGAGGCCUGCUUGGCGAAUAUGUUUUUUAUAUAUCAUUUCAUGAACAUGCAGUCUUUAACACUACUCGCUUUGUCUUUUGACAGACUGAUCGCUAUUUGUUUUCCUCUAAGAUAUCAUGUCAUUGUAACCAAAUCAGUCAUGUUUCUGAUCAUAGCGGCUAUUUGGAUUUUUUCGGUGACUAUUUUUGCCAUCCUUGUAGGUUUGCUCACUAGACUCUCGUUUUGUAGAUCCACGGUGGUCAAUAGUUAUUUCUGUGAUCACGGUCCUAUUUAUAGUUUAGCUUGUAAUGAUAAUUCCAUAAAUAUUUUUAUGGUAAUUAUUUGCUUUGGUCUCCUGAUUUGCUUGCCACUUUUACUAAUAAUCUUCUCAUAUUUUUGCAUAGCUCUGGCUUUAUCUAAGAUCGCACACGGUGGGGACCGGAUCAAAGCCAUGAAAACCUGUACAUCCCAUCUCUUGUUGGUGGCUAUUUUUUAUCUUCCAGUUUUAAGUGUUAAUAUUUCAGCUUUAACAGCAUCUCUCCAUCCGAACACCCGCAUAAUUAACAAUUCCCUCUCGCAGAUAAUACCACCCAUGCUGAAUCCCAUCAUAUACACUUUAAAGACAGACGAGGUCAUGCAAUCCAUAAAAGACAUGUAUAAACGAAACAAGUUGAGGAAUAUCAAUAUUUAUAAGAUAACAUUGAGAUAAUUUAAGGCAACUAUAAAUAAAAAUUUUAUUUUAUGUAAACUUAAAACAUUUAAAAACAUCACUAAAAUAUUUUUGUGU